CGAAUUUAGAAUCGACCAAUGAUAGGUGCGAUAGCUUUUGACGUCACUUCAUCAGGAAGUAAACAACAAUGGCUGUACGUUGUACGAAUAAGUUACACUACUCGUAUUUAUGUAUAUUUGUAGCGGUGUGUGUUUUGUUUGGAAAGUCGGCCAGCUCUUUACCGUCAGCUAAACCUGGACAUGGUGAAUUCAAACAUUUCCGAAGUUUUCGAAGUGUUUUAGAGCCUACAGCUCCACCUCCAGGGCUGCAGGUCAGGCUGCACCCCGGGGUCGUUGCGUCCGUCGUAAUCGUCGCAAUUGCUGCAACAGCGGCUGCAGUUUUUAUUAUUAGGAAGUAUUGUUUCCCUCAGAGUGAUGCCACAUACAGAUACUCUGUGCUGAGGCAGAUGGAGGAGCAGAGAGAGGAAGAAUCUGAUGAGGACCUUCUGGAGUGAAACCAGGCGUGAUGUGGAUUCGAUUUUUUUGUUUUUAAAUAAUUCUGGAGAUUUUCUUCACAAACAGUUUGUCCUUUUCAGCCCGUCUUCAUUCUGUCCUUAGUUUUAAUGCCAAAACCAUUAUGGGCUUUUAAAGGUCACAUGGUGCUGGUAAACAUUGUAGCUAUGAAUGGUAAGAUUAUUUAUUAAGCACUGCCUUCAGGAACCACAUUGAAACAAUCACAAAGUGGGAAUCUGUGAAACAUAGCCAAUGGAUUUGUGAUUUUUGUAUUAUUAUUGUUGUUGUUGUUGUUGUUGGUAUUUGUUACAGGAAAUUACAGCCCACUAUUUUUAAAGUUACUCUAAUUUUUGAGUUUUAAUAGGUUGGGAAUAUGUUUGAUAUAAACCUCAAAAACUCAAAAACAACUCAACUUGAACCUAUUUUUUUCUGUCAGUGGAAAGUUCAGGAAUAAAAAGUUACAUGGCUCUGAUAAAUGGUCAAAAUAUGAUUGUACAAGUUUAAAUAAUAAAUCUAUCUAUUUGAAUAGUUGGAUCAUGUUUAAAUAAAUCUGUAUUGAGGAGGUCCAUGGAAUUUAUUAAAGUUAAAGGGGUCCCUGGCUGUAAAAUGUUUGAGAAUGACUGCUGUACAGUAUAUCACAAUAGUUAAAUGGACUUUAUCACUCUACUUAAUCUGUAUUACCACUAAUUUUUUGGAACCUUAUGCUGAAAGUUUUUUUUUCCCUCUUUAUUUAUUGUUUGUAUUGUAUUUACAAGAGUUUUACAUUUUUCUCCCCCUAUUCACAUCAAGAUUUGAGGUGUCUUUUUUGUCUUUGAGGUGACUCCCCUUGGGCUUUUGCACAUACUUGAUUUAGUUAAAGGUUUUGCAUUUCUUUCAGUUUUUUUAAAUGUGAACAGCGGUUAUGUAAAUGUGUUUGGUCUACCAGUAUUCCACUCCUGUAUUAUUAAUUAUUAAUUGAGAUGAUUAUGUUAAAUCAGUCUUGGGUUAUCCUAUAUUGUUAGAUAACUUAAAUAAGGUUCUUUCUGUAUUCUUUUGUGUUGUGUUUGUUUUAUUUUGCUGUCUGAGAAUGUGGGUAGAUUUCUUUGCGUUAAAUUGUGUUGACUAUGUUUUGCUGUAGUGUUAUAUUGUAUGUACCUCUGAAACACAUGAAACAAAAUUUUAGGACCUGAAAAUGUCUAAUCAAUGAUGGCUGAAAAAUUAACCACUCAAGAUUAAAGUUAUUUCAAACUCUAAAUACAACUGCUGUAAUAAAAGAUGGUUGUUUAUAUAGUGGACGGUGCAGUGGCACAGCCGGUAGCAUUACCACUUCACAGCUCCUGGGUUCCGGGUUUAAUCCUGAGCUCGAGUUACUGUCUGUGUGGAGUUUCUGUGCAUGCUGUUCCUAUGUCUACAUAUGUUUCAUCUGGGUUCCUCCCAUCUCCCAAAAACAUGUCAUUAGGUGGAUUAGCUAAGAUAAAUUGCCCCUAGUUUUGAAUGAGUGUGUGAAUCAGGAUAGGAUUCGUAUCCACUGCAACCCUUAUCAGGAUAAAGCAAUUAAUAAAAGUGAGUGACAGUGUGUGUAUAUAAGUAGCUUUAAAUCAACAGAUGACAACUAUAAAUGGACUGACUCAAAACAAACAGUGGAGAAAAAAAUAUUUGAGUUCAGGGUGUGUAACUGUUUUGGUAGCUUCUAGGCAGAUUAAUUUUCUCAAACUGAAUUAUUAAACAGCUCCUUUCUGUUGGUAGCCCAGUUUCAGAAAUACGAUGUGUUUAAAGUAGUAUUGAAGGUAGACAAGAUGAAGACAAGCAAGAUGAGAUGUCAAGAGCUGUCUGCUGCUGUCACAAUUGUGAUCAUCAAUGUCUUAAUAUGGGGGUUCCUUUUUAAGGAGACAUCUUUUCAAGAGCAUGUAAAAUAUGUGCGUGGAACAGAAAGUUCUGCAUCAGACUGUGUUUCUCCAGCUUUGUUUGAGCCUUCUCCAGGUUGCUGUCCUCGUAAAGUAUGCCCUGCAGACCACUUCCCCUUCUUUCUGCGCAGUGGAGUAGCCAAUGUGGUUGGGCCAAAGAUCUGCUUUAACAACAGGAUUAUUAUGUCAGGAGGACAAAACAAUGUUGGAUGGGGUGUGAACAUUGUGACAGUGGAUGGAGAAACUGGGAAGAUAUUGAAGAGUGACUUCUUUGCGAUCUAUUCAGAAGGAUUGCUUGACUUUCUAAAGACAAUACAAAAAGGAAAUAUAGUUUUAGUAGCCUCAUAUGAAGACCCUGCAGUACAGUUGACUGAUGAGAUCAGAGAUCUGUUUGCUGGAUUGGGCAGCAGUAUGGUCUACUCUGUGAAGUACAGGGACAGCUGGGUGUUUGCAGGGGCAGGUGGACUAAAUAAGGAGAGUCCAUUUGAGAAGCUCAUCGUGAAUGAUAAGCAGACGAAUGCAUAUGGAGAUUGGCCAGAGAUGGGGGAGCUUGGUGGCUGCUUUCCCAGAAAGGUUUGAUCAGCACUAAAUGAGCCUGCUGCACCAGCCACCUGGAGACCAUUAAAACA